AUGGACCAGGGGCGAGGCAAGCGGAAGAGGAGCGAGGUCAAGGGUGUGAGUGCAACGCCCGAGCACAUGAAAGGUGGGCACCGCAGGAAAAGCUCGGAGGUUGACGUCGAUGCGUUCCUACAAGGGAUCGCAGAUGAAGUGGGCACUGGCGCCACGUCUCUGCUCGCCCCUUCAUCUCCCAUGCCUGUUCUUCAACGCGAGUCCACCUCGAUCUCGUCAUCUUCGUCAUCUUCAUCUUCUUCGGCCAGUGCUGCCGACGCCGAACAGCUCCUGCAGAAGCUGCGCGCCCGCCCUGCCGACGUAAGCCGCUUGGAGAAGAUCGAGGCGGCGUGGAAGCUCCACGAGCUGCUGGUACACACCGCCACGGUCGACGCCCCCGUGCCCGCCGGCGGUGCGGUCGCUCUGCCCAGCAUGCUCCCGCUCCUCCUGGAGUGGCUGCAGCCCACGCUCGCGCGGUCCGAGCGGUACGUCAUGGCGAGCGGAGGCUCUGGCGCUACGCCGACUGCCGCCUCCAAGAAGCAGGCCAAGAAGAAGCAGAAGCAGCACCACGGCGAGGACGAAGAUGACGACGCGGCCAAGAUCGAGGAGAAAGUGACGGAGACUGGACCUCCCCAGUUCUUGGACGAGCGGCACUGGGGCCUGUUCUACGAGCUGUUGGCCCACUCGCCCAUCAAGACCAUCCCCCUUCGCACGGAGAUGCUGCGCGUCAUCUCCUCCGCGCUGCUGUGCUGCGUGGGCCUGGCGAGCGCCGAGGCCGGCAUCAGCGCGGCCAACCAGGCCCAGAUCCUGUCGCUCUCCGCCGACGAUCGGCUGGCGAUCGUGAAGCGGCUGGAAGCCGUCGUGCAGCUGCUCUCCUCAACCUACUCCCAGUUCUUCACCCCCGCGAUGGACAACUACGUGUCCUUCGUGAGCCGGGUGUCACAGGCCCUGAUCCACCUGUACGUGCGCCUGGACCCAUUGAGCAAGCAGCUACAUUAUUUGGAGCGUCGGGCCGCUUCUCGGCCGGCGAGCCGGGCGGAGAAGGAAAUGGAGUCGGUCUGCGUGGCCAUCGUUGCCACUGCCCUGAAGAGGUUUCAAGAGGUCAAGCAAACCAUCGAAACCAACCAAAAGAAGGUCUUCACCACCGUCGUCACCAAGCUCCUCGAGCCUCUGUUGACCCUGCGGAGCCUGAUCCUCACGCAAACGAGCGAGGACGACGCCGUUCGCUCGCAAAUCAAGCGCUACAUCGAAGACAUCGUGCUCCACUCUCUGUUCCACCCGGACCACCUGUUCGAAUACUCGCUGGCCUUCUCAUUGAAGCAGAAUGUGGUCACGCCUGCCCCAUCAGCUGAGGGCGGCGAGACCAAGAAGCCGGGAAGAGGAAAGAAUCGGCAGUCGGGAGGCGCCUAUGUGGGAACGAUCAGCAAUUACCGCAAGCAGCUCUUCGAUACGCUGCGAGAGUACAGCGGCCAAGCCAGCGACAAGCAAAAGUCUCAAUCCCUUCUGCCACCUGCUCACCGACUGCUCGUGCUGCAGAACAUUCCGUUGAUCUACAAGGGAUUUUUGGAUACCCUCAAGGCGCUGCUGCUGGCCAUCGAGCACAGCCAAGAGAAGCGCGCCGAACGCAAAGACGCCGGAGCGGCGGACCAAUCCAUGGACGUCGCCGAGGAGGAGGACAAGAAGCCGCGGCAGUACAUGGACUUCCAUUUCCUGUUGGAGCUCCAUGACAUCAUCGCGCCGCUGCUGUCACUGCAGAGCGAUGCCGGCAAUGCGGCUGAAUUGGCGACCACGGUGAGGAUCGUGAGUGAGCUCAUGCGGCUGGUGGAGGCCUACCACGUCUACGAACCCACGCAGGACACGGACGAUCGGGCCCAUUUCCACUUCUUGGAGCGUCUGGCGCAUCACGACGUGGGCCUGCUCAAGCAGCUCUUCGCUCACCUCCAGGCGCACCCCGCUCGAUUCGACCGAGCCCAUCAAGAUCUCGUCGGUGCCCUGUUCGCCGAUCUGCAGCACCUGGGCGGCCUGAGCCACCUGACCCUGUCCGAGCCCAUCAAGGACGUGUGGACCAUCCUCUGGAACUUGCCCUGGCCCUCGGCGCUGGCCACCUACAGCAAGCUGCGGCAGCUGGACGUCCUCCUCGAGCAGCUCCUGCCCUCGUUCGUCGCCCACAGCGGCGGCCACGCCCACUACAUCAUCUCCUCGCGCCAGUUCACCAAACAAUUCUAUGACUGCGUCAUGCAGCUCCCCAUGGGCAAGAUCGCCUCGAUUUGGGAGAUUUUCCUGAAGGAGAUCCGGACCACGUACGCGGAGCGGCUCCACGAGCUGCUGCCGGCGGCGCAGCAGAAGGGCGAGCGCGGGGCCGAGGCGACGCGCGUCGCCGGCCCGCUCCUGGUCUCGCUAUCGUACGUGGUCCACCUCUUCGUCGCGCUCAUCGACAGCGUACUCCUGGUCAACACUACUGCGCCCAUGGUCCUCGACCUGGUGUCCAAGACCUGCGCCGAGCUGGUCUCCCCUCUCCUGGUGCUGGCCGUCGGCGACCGGUCGGGACAGGCCGCCGCCAAGGCCAAGUCCCCUGCGGGCGGGGCGGACGGGCUGACGGCUUCGCUGGUCCGGGACGCGCUGAACGUGUACAACUCGCUCAUCGGGCUGCGCGAGCAGUGCCACCGCUUCCCGUCGACGCGCGUGGUGGCGGGUGGCAAGAAGGGGAGCGCCAAGGCGGCCAAGAAUGCUGCCUCGGGGCACACCGUCAGCGACGACGUGCGGGCCAACGGAUCGUGCUUCUACCUGCUCCCCGCCAAGGAGCUCAACGCCCUCCCGCUCUCGACCCUCCAGGAGUGGCUCAAGCCCGAGCUGCAGCAGUUCCCCCAACUCCGAUUCGUGCUGCCAUCGGCCGCCUCCGCCAGGGAGCCGGCCAAGGAGGCCGACGCCCAGAUCGCGACCCUUCUCCAGGAGCUGCGGCGCGCCAUGGAGGGCGCCAGCGCGGGUCUGUUCCACGAGCUCGACCUGGCGCUGCCACCCACGAACGACACAGGUGCAGCGGCCGCGCACUGGAACGGGAUGAUGGCCUCCAUCAGCGGCGCGACCUACGCCGUAGCCUUGUGGAAGCUCGUGGCCGAGAACGUAGACAUCCUCUCGUUGUACGCUGCGGAGGAGCACCUGCGCCUGUUCCUGCGCGUUCUGCUGGUGGACAGCACGCCCUCGGUGCGCUCGACUGCUACAGCAGACGACUCGCGGGGCAUGAUCACGCUCGAGCUGGUCUCCUGCGCCCUCCUGAGCAAGACCUCCUUCUACGAGCUCCCGCGGCUGGCCAACAGCUGCGCGCCCGUGCUCGUGGGUGCCAUCGAGACCACCCUCCGCCACACAAUCCCCAAUCUGGCCAAGGAUACGCAGCUCGCAGGUGCGGUGAAGCUGCUGCGCGCCAUGCGCGAGGCCACGGAAGAGGACGAAAGCGACAUCGCGCGCCAAUUCGCCGCGCUCUUCGCCGAUGCCGCUCACCGAUCGCGGGCCUCAGCGCAGGGCGGCCGUUUCGAGCCCGCGUUGGCCCGCGCGGGCCUGCUCAAGCUGCGGGACGUGCUCGAGCUCGUGCUCGCCCUCCCCUCGACCUACCUCGCCCAGGAGGCCAAGGAGCGGAGCAGCACCGCCGUGCUCGUGCUCGACUGGGUCCUCCACGCGCUGCUCCCGGCUGCCCACAACGACAACGCCAUGCAGGCAGACAACGAGGAAUGCGAGGAAUCCGUGCAGCAGGCGGCGCUCGCCGUGAGCAGCACGUGCCGGCGCUACCUGGCCGCCAUGCUCCGCACUCCUCGACCCGAGACGACGGUGCUGUCGAACGCGGUGGUCAGCUGGCUGCACAGCUCCCUGCGCGGGCUCGAGAAGAUGCGGCCGCUCCUGACCCACACGCUCGACGUCGUGGCCAUCCACAUCAGGAACGAGCUGAGGCGACCAGAGCGAGCGCGCCGAGAGAAGCUCGAGGAGGUGCUGGCGUCAGUGGCGGACUCGAUCGCGGCCGAGGAGGAAGAGGAGGAGGGCAUGACCACGGACGGCCUGCAGGAGAUACGGAAGGUGCUCCUGCCCCUGGGCUGCAUCACCAACGCCGUCAAGGCCCUCGUCGACGAGUACUCCGAGCGGCUCGGCACCCCCGAACAGCGCAAGCGGCUCAAACAUGCGUCGUUGAUCGAAGGGAACGGUCAGUCGAAGCAGCAGCAGCAGCAGCCGGGUAUGGUGAUCGAGGACACGUGCGUGGUGUUUGUGGACCGCGCCGAGGAGCUGCUGCUGCGGCUGCUCGACGAACAGCCGCUGUCGGCCUACCUCUCCCUGUCGGCCAGCACCGUCGACACGCUGCUCCGUUCGAGCGACCGCGACCUGCAGACCACCGCCCAGGACUACUUCGGCCACCUGCUCGCCCUCAUGGAGCAGGUCCUGGCCUUCCGCCACAUCGAAUCGUUCCGGCGCACCACCGCCCGCCAGCAGCAGCAACCGCAGCGCGAGGCCCGCACGCGGACCGUGUUCUCCGAGAUCGGCCGGUUCGCGUCCCUCGCCUUCCAGGUCCUCGCCGCUGGUGCCACCCAUGAACGCUCCGGCAACGAGGAGGUGCUGCGGGGCAAGGCGCUGCGCUUCGUGGAGUACCUGUGCCGCAACAUGCACAGUCUGGAGCCGCAGCCCGGGCGGGCCACCUUCGCUCGCUUUUUCGCCAUGCUGAGCCACCUCAUGCAGCUCUACACCACCGCGUCGGGUCCCGCGGGGCUCGCCGAGUUCGCGAAGAAGGUGGAGGCCUGCUACAUCGACCUCCUGUGCAACUCGCCCGCGCCGUACGUGGCGCUGGUCGCGCGGGCGCUGCCCACGGAGCUCGCGUCCGCCCAGCUGCCCCGCCUCAUCGCCACUGCCAACACCACCCUCACGCUCUUCGCCAUGAACGAAUCGCGUGUGUUGCGCGAGUUCGAGGGGGUGGCCCCUACGAUUGUGCACAAGCUGGUGGAUCUGAUCGGCUGGUGCGGCCUCCAGCUGACGCCCACCACGAGCGCCGCACGAGGGGCCGAUCUCGUGCACCUCAUCAGCACCGCGCUUACCAUCAUCACCCACAUCAUCACCAACCGACUUCGAUUGCAGUUGUUCAAGAUCGACACGCACACGAUCUCGCGCGUGUUGGGCGCCAUGUCGGUGUUCUCGGUGCCCCGUAGGCGCUGGGCCUUUGCCGAGCUGGAGCUGGCGCACGUGCACCCGGCGGUGCGGCAGCAGGCCAAGAAGAAGGCGCCCGUCACCGACUUUUUGCCCGAGCGGCUCUUCCUCUCCUUCUACUCGUUCCUCUACCGACUCCUCAAGAUCCGAUACAAGCAGACCUUCAACUGCAUGCCCCUCUUCCUCCUUAACAUCCGCGACUUGCUGUCGAGCGUGUUCAUGGCGGAGCAGAGCGCCUUGCAGUCGGGCCGAGGGACGUCGGGUCGAGCGGCGGCCACCGAGCGGAGCGGUGGUGGUGGUGGCGGUGGUCACCAGCAGGUGGCGUGUACGGAGAACCUGGCGCGGCUGCUGGAGGAGAUGAGCAAGCACCCGAAGCAGUUCAACAAAUACGUGGCCCAGCUGCUCGUGCAGUACAUCCAACUCACCGAGGUCAACCCGCUCUCGCCCGCCACCAAGCAAGCCCUCCUGCCCGGCAUCUACGCCCUCCUCGACAUCUGCAGCGAAUUCGAGUACAAGGUGAUCAGCCGACAAGUGGACGAGACGGGCCGGGCGAUCUUCAAGAAGCUGUUCGAGGAGUACCACCGCGACUGGAAGUUCCAGGGCAAGGUCUAG